AUGCAAGGAAUAGCAAGUUUGGGCAUCACAUUCGAUCUUGACAACAGGAUCAGUACUGGUGGAAAUGAUCUCCUCCACGCAGAGGCUGUGGGCACAGCACUCUGCCCUGGCUGUCAGGCUGCAAUUGUGUUUGAAGCCAGCAACAUUCCAUGUACUGUGAGCAGGCACACAACAGGCAGUGGAUGGUGGAACCCCAUUCUGUUUGGCACCGUGAGGGAGACAUCGUGUGGUGCUGUGGUUCUUCGCAUGGUAAGCAUCUCACCCAUCGCAGUAGCAUCCAUAGCACCAGCUGUGCACCACCAUGGCCAAUGUUGA